GCUUGUUCCGUGGAAGCUGUGGUUCCCGGGUUAGGCAGCUGGAGACUUGGAAUGAAAAUACACGUUACUGCUGUUGUCACUGAGCCCACUGUCGUCAUUAUGUGAAGUAGGGUCACGUGACUGGUUAUUUGUAAUUAGGUAUAGAUGUGACUCCAGGAGACUAAAGAAAUGGCUGGGCAGUAAAGAAGUUCUGUAACUUCAGGUAUCAGAAGUCUUCUCAUCCUUAUUAUGGGUUCUCAGGUCCAGUCUUAGAAGUGUGACACCAUCUAUGGAUUCUCCUCCUAACUCGCCAAGGAUGGACAAGGAGGUCCCGAGGCCCAUGAUGGGCAGAAUUCUAAACUUAUCCUUGAAGAUCAUCUACCUGCUGACUGGAGAGGUGAGGGAUUCUGGGAGGAUUAUGGACCCCAGAGGAAGUCUUGGGAGGAAUUUGCAGAUAGUGGACAUUCCUGUGCAGCACGUAGACUAAGAAGCCCUUGGAGUCCUGUUAAUGAGCUAAAGAUCUUGAAACUGGCCAACAUGAUCACUGAGCUUCUAACUGGAGAGGUGUCUGUAAGGUGGCACAGUGUUGCUGUGUAUUUCUCCAUGGAUGAGUGGGAGUAUUUAGAAGGACACAAGGAUCUAUACAAGGAUAUCAUGGAGAAUCACCAGACAAUUACAUUACUUGAUAUCACUGAAACUGAAGAAAUCCCUGAACGUUCCUACAACACUGUUCCUUUCUCAGAAUUUUUGACUGAUGAUGAUAGAAAUGUUCAGACUGUACAAUGCAGAACGGAUGAAGCAGCCAUGAUCAAGAGUCUCGAAAAAGUUAUAGAAGAUCCAGCUUCUUGUGAAGAAAGUUGCAUUACCAAUUUUAACAUGUUCACCCCCACACAUCAUUUAGAGAAAUAUCCAUCUCACCACACUAAGGAUAAAUUGUUUCCAGGUGAACAAGUAAUUCUCAUGAACGCUAACAUUUCUUCCCCCACACAUCAUAUACCACAAGAACCAUCUCUUAAUAUUAAGGAGGAAUCCCUCUCAUGUGAUGUUGAAACUUUCUCAGAUAGCGAUGCCUACUCACCCAUUGACCAUGUACAGUAUUCACCUUCUGGUAAUAAAGAGGACUAUGCCUUGUGUGAAUAUGCUUGUAUUCCGGCAAGCAAACCACAAACUGUGACUAAACCCCAAGAGUGUUCUGAAUGUCACAUGUGUUUUACAAGUAUGAUAGGAUUUUUAGAACAUCAGUUAAUUCACACAAAGGAAAAAUCCUAUAUUUGCCCAGAAUGCAAGAAAUCUUUUGCCAAUGAUUCAGAAUUUCUUUUACAUUUGAGGUUUCACCAAAGAGACAAGAAGUUUGCAUGUGCUGAAUGUGGGAAGAGUUUCAAGAGAAGGACACAUCUUUCCAUGCAUGAGAAGAUCCACACAGGAGAGAAACCAUACUCGUGCAAAGAAUGUGGCAAAUGUUUUAUUCGACACUCUUAUUUCAUCAUCCACCAAAGAAUCCACACUGGAGAGAAGCCAUAUUCUUGUUCAGAAUGUCAUAAGUGUUUUACCAGCAAACCAGAACUGGUGAGCCACCAGAGGAUUCAUACAGGAGAAAAGCCAUUUCUGUGCACUGAAUGUGGGAAAUGCUUUAAUAGCAACAAAAGUUUAUAUCGGCACCGAAUGAGUCACACAGGGGAAAGGCCGUUUCCUUGCGCUCAAUGUGGGAAAAGUUUCACCAGCAGGAGGAACCUUAAUACACACUUAAGAAGCCACACAGGGGAAAAGCCAUUCUCUUGUGACCAGUGUGGAAAGUUUUUUACCUGUAAAAGAAAUCUCCAGGCUCAUCAGAGACUCCACACAGGAGAAAAGCCAUUCUGUUGUGCUGCCUGCAGGAUGAGGUUUACCAAUAAACCACAACUUGUGCGUCAUCAACAAGCUCAUAUACAUCAUACUACAAGUGUUUUUAAAGAAGAAAUUUUUAUGACAGAGGUGAAUGAUCAGUAAGUCAGCACACAACAAGCUUAAAAGUAAUACAUUGCCCAUGGUCAUACUGUCUGUUGCCACUUGGAUUUGAUAUGAAGUACAAACUUCAUUUUGUUGUCCUAAACUAAUUGAAGGUGUUUUACCUCAUUGAAUGUUACCUUCUGCAAGGCAAUGUUGAGUUAUAGAAAAAACUGUGCAACAGGUUCAUCUGCAGAGAUAAAGACUGAGCUUUGCAUGGCACUUUAAUGUUGAUCGACAAUAAUACUCAGUUUGGGCUCAUGCACACGACGGUGAUUGGCCUGGGAAACGCAGUCUGUGUGUCUGCCGGAUCUCCCGGGCCUACUAUGGCUCCCCUGAACUGAACUGAUUGCAUCAUAAAACACUAAGAUACAGUCAGUUCAGUGCAGGGGAGCCGCAGUCGGCCUGGGAGAUCUGGCAGACACACAGACCGCACUUCCCAGGCCAAUCACAGUCAUGUGCAUGAGCCAUUAAAAACAGAAAAAGUCAUUCUACAGUAACUCUGUCAGUUGUGUAAAUUUACAUUGAAAACACCACUGCCUGUAGUUUUCACAACAUUAAAUCAAAUGUGUUUUUAUUAAAGGCGUUUCCAGCCGUUUACAUUCUUUAUAAAUGGCUUCCUAUGGUAAAAAAUAAUACCUUACCGAUCCUCCAUUGCUUCUGUUCUUUUGCCGUAUGGCACUUGGUGGCCUCUGGUUAUCUCAGCAUGCAGAAAUGGCUGUUUAGCUCAUUGCUGGCUGAGGUU